AUGAGGAAUGCUGAACAGCAUAGGAUCCUGUGGAAGAUUCCGGAUAUUUCCCAGAAAUCCGAAAAUGGAGGCGUGGGCUCCUUGUUGGCCCGUUUCCAGCUGUCGGAGGGUCCUAGCAAGCCCUCUCCCCUGGCCGUGCAGUUCACCAGCGAGGGCUGCACCCUCUCAGGCUGCGACAUCGAGCUGGCCGGCCCAGGGUACCGCUUCUCUCUCAUCAAGAAGAGGUUCGCUGCAGGAAAAUACUUGGCAGACAACUAACCCACGCUACUGAACAACACUACUGAAUACAUACACUGAAGAUCAUCUCAUCGGGCCAAGAGUGACAUAGACAAGAACAGUGGAGCCAAUACCCCAACCACCUCACUACAGACACACCUCGCUACAGACACACCUCACUACAGACACACCUCUCUACAGACACACCUCACUACAGACACACCUCACUACACACACACCUCUCUACAGACACACCUCACUACAGACACACCUCGCGACAGACAAACCUCACGACAGACACACCUCGCUACAGACACA